GGCCCCCUGAGCGGGCGGGCCUAGUGGGUGGGGCCUGUGAGGGCUGUGACUCCUGGACAAGGGGGCUGCGGGGAUGCGGGGCACGAGCUGCGUGGGUGGCGGCGGCGAGAGCCCGGGUGGCGCAGGGCUGAGCGAGGGCCCGCGGGGCCGCUGGCUGCGCCUGGCCCCGGUCUGCGCCUACUUCCUGUGCGUUUCGUUGGCUGCCGUGCUGCUCGCUGUGUACUAUGGUCUCAUUUGGGUUCCCACGCGGCCCCCUGCAGCCCCCGGCGGCCCGCCGCCCAGCGCGCAGUCUUCUCCGUGUGGAGCCCGCGCGGGUGCGCUGCCUGCCCCGGCGCCCCCAGCUGCUUCAGUGUCUUGCCUCCUGGGAGCCCCUGGCGGGCCGCGACCCCAGCUGGAGCUGCCGCGGAGCCGCCGCCACUGGGACCCCAGCCGCCGCCCGAACCGCCAGACGCCGGGAGAGACGCCGGAGGCCUCAGGGGGGCGAGGACCCGGGUAACUCUCCCUUUCACCUAGGAUGGAUCGCCGGUCUUCGAGAGUCUGGCGCCCCGACUAUGCGCCAUUCUCGGAUUGGGUUCUGGCUCCCUUUUCACGACAUCGUCUAGCGUCUCCGGAGCCGUCAUCCUGAAGACUGGGAUGGGAAGGGCCCUCGCCGCUCGCAGCUCCUCCGCCGUCAGGCUGGGUUCUCCACCAUCUGGCGGACCCCCUCCUGAUCUCUGUUCCUGAUCUCCCUCCUUAGGAUGCUGAGCACAGAGCCUUCAGUCCGCUCCCUUCUUCCCCGAAUCUCCAUGUCCAUAUGUCCACCUGCAGUAAACUCCAGCCCCAACUGCC